AUGGACACACACGAUGCUGCGGUUAUUUUUAUUUCUCAAAUUUUGUUCUUUGUAUGUGGAUGGCUUUUCUUCAUGAAACAGCUUUUCAAGAACUAUGAGGUGCAUAAUAGAGGUGUUCAACUUGCAUUUUCAAUUACUUUUUCAUUAUCUUGUACUAUGUUUGAAUUAAUAAUAUUUGAAAUUAUGGAUGUGAUGAACUCGAGGUCUCGGUUUCUUUCGUGGAAGCUAUGCUUGAGUCUGAUUCUGAUAGACCUUAUUGUAGCUUUACCUAUAUAUGUAUCAUAUUCUUUGUUGAGAAGCAUUCCCUUCAUUCGGCAUAAGGCAAUUAUGCCACUUACAUUACUUUUCUGGUUCAUAUUCAUUUACUUUUUCUGGAAAUUAGGAGAUCCUUUUCCAAUACUGAGUGCUAAACAUGGUAUCUUCACUAUUGAGCAAGCAAUUUCACGAAUUGGGGUUUUCGGUGUUACAGUAAUGGCUGUUUUAUCAGGGUUUGGUGCUGUGAAUGCUCCAUAUACAUGCAUGACCAUCUUCACCAGAAAAGUUGAUCAAUCAGCGAUUACUCAAAUGGAGAGGAAACUCACUCAAACUUUGGAAAUGAUCGCUUCAAAAAAGAGAAGAAUAGCUCAGCAUGAGAAAGAAGUUGCUCUCAGCGCUUUUUCAAGAGGGAAAGAAGAUCAGAGUUUUCUAAAUAGAAUUUGGGGAUCAGUUUCCAGUGUUACCAGUAGCCUUUCAUCGACAGACCAAAUCAAGCAACUUAACCUUGAAAUCUCUAGCUUGGAAGAGUUAAGUAGGCACUUAUUUCUUGAGCUAGUAGAGCUAAAAAACAUGGCUGAUAGAAUAGAGUACAGCAAAACAUGGAUGGGGAAAUAUUUCAAUGUGUUGGGUCACUUUUUUUCUGUUUACUGUCUAUGGAAAAUAUUUAUUUGUACAAUUAACAUUGUGUUCGAUCGAGUUGGAAAGGUCGAUCCUGUCACCAAAGGCAUUGAAAUAGGAGUUCACUGGAUGGGAAUCGAUUUAGAUGUUCGGUUUUGGUCACAACAUAUAUCUUUCACUCUGGUAGGAGUAAUUGCUGUCACGUCCAUACGUGGACUUCUAAUCACGCUAACAAAAUUCUUCUUGGCCAUUUCCAGUACAAAGUCAUCUAACAUUAUCGUUCUUCUACUUGCUCAAAUAAUGGGAAUGUACUUUGUAUCCAGCGUACUGUUAAUGAGGAUGAACAUGCCGCAUGAGUAUAGAAUUAUCAUAACUCAGGUCUUGGGAGAUCUUCAGUUUAAUUUCUAUCACAGAUGGUUUGACGUGAUAUUCUUAAUAUCAGCUCUUUCAAGUAUUAUGUUUUUGUAUCUCGCCCACAAGCAAACGCCGGUUCACUAA